UCCACUAGCAAAAUCCCUCUUUUCUCAUACCUCUGGCCCUCAAUCCCUCCGAUUUCUGAGAAAUCCGAAUCAAAACCCAUCUGAAGAUCCCCAAAUCACGAUCUUUGUCGCUCCUAAUUUCCAUUGCCAGAUCAUGAUCUUUCUCGUUUACACACCGCCCCCGAAUCCCAGAUAUCGUAUUUUCUCCGACACCCAUUUCAAGCUCGUCUGAGCAGAAUCCAAAACCCCCCUUUCAUUUCAAUCCUAAGAAACGUCAAUUUCUCUGCGAAAUCGGAUGAAUCCAUCCGAGAUUCCAAAUGGGUUUUUCCCAGAUGAUGUGAUUCUUCAGAUUCUCGCGAGAUUGCCUGUGAAAUCCCUCUUCCGAUUCAAAUCCGUCUGCAAGUUCUGGUGCAGAUUGCCCGGUGAGAAGUUCUUCAUUCAGCUCUACAAUGAAAUCUCAUCGAAAAAUUCGAUGGUUUUGGUCGAGAUUAGAAAAUGUUCUUUGUCGGGUGUGUCCAAUUUCGUCUGUGUUGAUCGAUCGAGCUGUUAUUCCGAGUUCUCAUUGGGUUUUUUGAAUGAUAGGGUGAAAGUUAGAGCCUCUUGCAAUGGGCUCUUGUGCUGCACCAGUGUCCCGAAUCGCAGCAUCUACUACGUCUGUAAUCCGAUGACGAGAGAGUGUAGGAUGCUUCCUAGAAGUCGAGAAAGACCCGUCAGUCGAUACCAUCCAGACAACGAGGCCACCCUCGUAGGAUUGGCAGCGGACCAAUCCGCUCGAAAAUUCAACGUUGUUUUGGCAGGUUUCUACCGUCCAUUUGGCCGCAGGCCGCUUGAUUGCCUGAUUUGUCAGGUGUUUGAUUCUGAGACUAAUGCGUGGAAGCGGUUUGCUUCUUCAUGCCACGAUGAAUUCACUCACAUGAAUCGGAACCAAGCUGUUUUCGCGUGCGGGUCUAUCCAUUGGUUGACAUAUGCCUGUUUGUAUGUGCUUGUUCUGGAUUUGGGCAAUGAGGUUUGGAGGAAGAUCCGUUUACCUGAUGAAAUUGCGAAUGGUCCUAGUACCCGGGUUUAUUUGUUGGAAUUGGAAGGGAAGGUUUCCGUGAUUCAGAUUUCUGGUGUUUGGAUGAGUAUUUGGGUGCUGGUGGAUUAUGAGAGAGAGGAAUGGGCCAUUGUGGAUAGAGUGAGCCUAAGGUGUAUCAAAGCGUCCAUACGAAGUGCAUUCCCGAUAAGUCAGACCAGAGAUUUUGUUUUCUUGGCAACCCAAAAUCAGAUAUUGGUAUAUGGUCGGAAGAAUAAAGUGUGGAAGGUUGUGUAUUCGGUGAUGGGAACCGUUGCAUAUCCGUUGUGGUUCUCAGCUUAUGCUUUCAGAAGCACACUGCUUUCUUGCCAUGGAAGUCUUGAGAAUCCUUAGAGAAUUUGAUGCAGAUCUCCAUUUCUGAUCCAUUUCUGAGGUUUGCUUUGUAUAUUCCUUUUUUUUUUUUUUUUUUUUUUUUUAAAUGUAAAUAGCUAUUUAGCUGUAAAUGGUACUUUCCCGUAACUUUGC